AUGGAUCCACAGCUGCAACAGGUCCUUGAUACGCCUACCCACAAUAUCAUUCGACACGAAUGGAUUCCCAACGAGGGACCAUUCAGCGAAAACCGCCAAGGCCGGACCAAGAUUUGCUGCAACGGCAGUGAGCGUUGGGCCGUCCAAGCGACCCGCGCGUCGUAUUCAACAGAUAACUCUCAAACACUCAAAAACUAUAAAGAAAGCCAUGAUUGGGAUUGA